AUGACUUCCAGACUCGACCGGCUCGUCACUUUACUCGAGACUGGCAGCACUCCCGUCAUCCGAAAUACAGCCGCCCAGCAGCUGGCCGAUGUGCAGAAGGCACACCCGGACGAGCUCUUCAAUCUGCUAGGGCGCAUUCUGCCGUACCUGAGAUCCAAAUCAUGGGAUACGCGCACAGCCGCUGCCAGGGCAAUUGGCCUGGUUGCUGCCAACGCUGAGCCCUUUGAUCCAAAUCAGGACGAUGGCCUAGAGCUCAAGAAGCCCGAGGAGGAAGAUGAAGAUGGAGAUGAGGAUGUGGAAAUCAAAGCUGAAAUCAAAACAGAAGAAUCCUUGCCGCUUUCGGAAGACCGCCUCAGUUUAGAUAAUCUUGACAUCGGGUCCAUAUUGAAGUUAGGCAAGAAAUUGCUGGGAAGCGCCGGUAGGGAAUAUGAAUACGCCAUUGCUAGCAUGGAUCCCGCCACAAGGCUUCAACACCAGAAGAAGACAUUAACCGCCCGUCUGGGACUAGCAGGCGAGUAUAUCGAAAGUGAUCUGAUUGAUGAACAUGACUUUGCGCCGCGUCCCGCCCCAGUAUCCAAGACUGAAAAGUCUCUCCCUACCAUGUCGCGAAAAAACAGUAUUCAGAAUGGCUCAAAUGACCCAGCCCACGGUGAGGAAUCUGGUCUGAGUAAGCGGCAGUUGAACCAACUGAAGCGCAAGAAUAAGCAGAAUGCCAAACUUGGUGCCAACAAAGUUCGCGUUGUUGACCUAUCGUCACGGAAACCAUCAGACAGCGUGACCACACCGUCCGCGGCUGCAACUCCGCAUCCGAUCAAAGCAGAAGGCGGUGAAGAAGAGGGCGAGACGAAAAACGAUUACUUCUCUCUUGAUCGCGAUGGAAACGACGAUGACAGCAAGAUAGUUUCCGAAUUCAAAGGCCCUAUUAUUCCAGAAAAGCCAGUUAUUCAAACAGAAGCCGAGGAGCAUGGUAUGGAGUGGCCGUAUGAACGCAUGUGCGAAUUUCUCAAGGUAGAUUUGUUCGACUCCAAUUGGGAGAUUCGACAUGGAUCUGCGAUGGGACUUCGUGAAGUCAUACGGCUUCAGGGCGCUGGUGCCGGUCGUGUUCUUGGGAAAUCAAGGACGGAAAACAAUUCAUUGAACCGCAAAUGGCUUAACGAUCUCGCUUGCCGCUUGCUUUGUGUCUUCAUGCUUGACCGCUUUGGUGAUUACAUUUCAGAUAAUGUGGUUGCUCCUAUUCGCGAGGCAGUUGGUCAAACACUCGGUGCCGUCCUCUCUCACUUGCCCUCAAAAUCCGUCAUUUUGGUCUACCAAAUCCUCCAUCGUAUUAUCAUGCUCAGAGAUUUUGGCCUCGAACGACCUAUCUGGGAAGUCUGUCAUGGAGGAAUGAUUGGCCUCAGAUAUUUGGUGGCUGUUCGAAAAGAUGUCUUGGUGAAAGACCCCAAAAUGAUGGAUGGGGUACUGGAAGCGGUCAUGAAAGGCCUAGGGGAUUUCGACGACGAUGUUCGAGCUGUCAGUGCUGCAACACUAGUCCCGAUUGCAGAGGAGAUUGUCACUUCUCGUCAAGGCACUCUCAGUGCUCUCAUCAACAUUGUCUGGGAGUGUCUGUCGAAUCUACAGGACGACUUGAGUGCAAGUACUGGUUCGGUCAUGGACUUGCUAGCGAAACUCUGCACAUUCCCAGAAGUUCUAGAAGCCAUGAAAACCAACGCUGCUGAUGACCCUGAAGCGUCGUUUAGUAAUCUCGUGCCACGUCUCUAUCCAUUCCUCAGACAUACAAUUACUAGUGUCCGGCUGGCUGUGCUUCGAGCCCUGACUACAUUCUUGCAAUUGGAGGGUGAAGGAUCUAACGCCUGGGUUGAUGGCAAAGCAAUGCGUUUGAUCUUCCAAAACUUAUUAGUUGAACGUAACGAAGGCGUUUUGAAACUUUCCCUCCAAGUGUGGUUCGAUUUGUUAAAAGCCAUGGACGCUCGCAAUAUUUUUGCUUCGGAGGACCUAACUUCCCAGAUCCAUCCUCUCAUCACAUUAACCAUGGGCCCCUUUGGUGUGCCCCGCUACCCCAUCCCGAUGAAUGCCUCCUUAUUCAUCAAACCAUCUGGUGUUGCAUAUACCUUGGCUGUGACACCUGGUCGAAAAUCAUCACCUACUGCCACUUCAGAUUCUGGGAAAGGUCGUCGCAGGAAGUCCGAAAAGAAGGAAGCUCCACCACCAACAGCACAUAAUGUGGAUGGUCACAUGCUUCAAGGUGACAUCGACUUGGUCGGUCUAGACACUAUGGUGCGGUCAAAAAUAUACGCCGCGCAAGCUUUGGGCCAACUGCUAUCCCUAUGGGACUCGAAAGAUCUUCCCAGUCUCUGGCAGUCUAUCCUAUCUGGACUCAACUGGCCUGCAUCUUCAUCGCAGCUCUCUGCUGCAAUGAUAGUUGAAGAAUACGCCAAAAGAGCCGGACCGGGAGGAAAGUACACAGCUUCGUUAUGCGAAUGGUUGCGUCCGAUCAUCGAGGCAGAACGUCCGGCAUGGUAUAGUGAUAUCGCUUGCUAUUUGCACAUUACCCGGGCGCAAUGUCACUCUUUGCUAAAUGCGUUUAGAGAUCACGCUCAUGUUAAUGCUGCAAGACUGCCCUCUUUGGCCGUGAUUGUUCAGGGUGACAGUGAGGCUGGCCCUAAUGCAUUCUCUAUUAACGAUGCCGAAAAGGUUGUUGGGCCCGACUUUGAGCGGCUCAAGAAGAACCUUACCCCUGCACAACGUGUCACUGCCCUUCAAGUUCUGAAUGACACUAGAUCUAGCGCCGAGGCUGCCAUAGAAGAGGCCAAAAACAUCAAGGAGCAAAGAGACAUGCGCAUACGUGCCGCUACAGCAGGUGCUCUGGUGACGCUACAAGACAUCCCAAAGAAACCAAGCCAUAUAAUCAAGGGAAUGAUGGACAGUAUCAAGAAAGAAGAUAACGCUGAACUGCAACAACGGUCUGCGACGGCAAUCGUUAACCUCAUCGAUUUCUACACAGCAGCCACAAAAAGAGGCCCGGUCGACAAGGUCAUUGGCAAUUUAGUCAAGUACUGCUGUGUGGAUACAUCUGAGACCCCCGAGUUCCAUCACAACGCCCAUCUCGAAAAGUCUAUUCUCUCAUUACAGAAAGAGGAAGACCGCAGAGACCACAUGGAUGCAGCGAAAUUUGAGCGCGAAGCGAAAGAAGCCAGGAUCAUGAGACGAGGAGCUAAAGAGGCGCUGGAGCAGUUGACUGCCAGGUUUGGUAGUGAACUAUUUGAAAAGGUCCCCAACCUCGCAGCGUUGAUCGAAAGACCGCUACAAGAAGCUCUUGCCGGUGACCUGCCUGCCGACAUUCGAGAACCGGACAAUGAGCUAGGCCAAGAGGUUGUCGAUGGUCUUUCGACUCUUCGAGCUCUUCUACCAAAAUUCGAUGCUGGCCUCUACCCAUGGGUUGUCAAUAUCAUGCCCAUCAUAGCGAGAUCGUUGCAAUGCGAACUUUCUGUCAUCAGGUACGCAGCUGCCAAAUGUUUCGCGACCAUAUGCAGUGUUAUCAAAGUUGAGGGUAUGACGAUGUUGGUGGAAAAUGUCCUCCCGACUGUCAACAACGCUUUAGAUACCCAUCAUCGUCAAGGUGCUAUUGAGUGUAUUUACCACUUAAUCCAUGUCAUGGAAGAUGGAAUUCUGCCGUAUGUCAUUUUCCUCAUCGUUCCCGUGCUUGGACGCAUGAGCGAUUCUGACAAUGAUGUACGACUCCUUGCGACGACUUCAUUCGCGACUCUCGUUAAGCUUGUUCCGCUCGAAGCCGGUAUUCCAGACCCGCCAGGCUUGUCAGAAGAGCUUCUCAAGGGCAGAGACCGUGAAAGAAAAUUCAUGUCGCAGAUGCUGGAUGUUCGCAAGGUGGAGCCAUUUGAAAUCCCUGUCGCAAUCAAAGCAGAAUUGCGAUCGUACCAGCAAGAGGGUGUCAACUGGUUAGCCUUCCUCAAUCGCUAUCAUUUACAUGGCAUCCUUUGCGACGACAUGGGUCUUGGCAAAACACUUCAAACACUUUGCAUUGUGGCUAGUGACCAUCACAUGCGCGCAGAGGAAUUCGCUCGCACCCAAGCACCAGAUGUCCGCAAGCUGCCUUCUCUAAUCAUCUGCCCUCCUACACUAUCCGGCCACUGGCAGCAAGAAAUCAAGCAGUAUGCACCAUUUCUCAGCUGUGUCGCUUACGUGGGACCUCCAGCUGAACGUGGAAAACUGCGAAAUGAGCUUGAAAAGGCCGAUAUUAUCAUCACUUCCUACGACAUCUGUAGAAACGACAAUGAUAUAUUCAACCCUAUCAGCUGGAACUACUGCGUUCUCGACGAGGGCCAUCUUAUCAAAAACCCCAAAGCCAAGAUCACUCUAGCAGUGAAGCGACUCAUCAGCAACCACCGCCUGAUUCUAUCAGGAACACCUAUUCAGAACAACGUCCUGGAGCUUUGGUCCCUCUUCGAUUUCUUGAUGCCUGGCUUCUUGGGUACAGAAAAGGUAUUCUUGGACAGAUUCGCCAAGCCCAUUGCUGCAAGCCGUUUUAGCAAGUCGUCGUCAAAGGAACAAGAAGCCGGUGCAUUAGCCAUCGAGGCUUUACACAAACAAGUCCUUCCAUUCCUGCUUCGUCGUCUGAAAGAAGAAGUCUUGAAUGACUUGCCGCCGAAGAUCUUGCAAAACUACUACUGUGAUCCAAGUGACUUGCAGAGAAAGCUCUUUGAAGAUUUCACCAAGAAAGAACAGAAAGAUCUGGCAAACAAAAUGGGCUCUGCGGAAAAAACCGCCAAGGAACAUAUCUUCCAAGCCCUCCAAUAUAUGCGUCGUCUCUGCAAUUCGCCAGCUUUGGUUAUCAAAGAAGGACACAAGCAAUACGAGGAUGUUCAGAAAUGGCUGGGAACAAAGCAAACCAAUAUUCGGGACAUUGCCCACGCACCCAAACUUUCAGCACUACGCGAUCUUUUGGUCGACUGUGGUAUAGGCGUGGACCCAAACACCGAAGGUGAAUUAGAUACAGGAGCAAGCUACGUCAGCCCGCAUAGAGCUCUCAUCUUCUGUCAAAUGAAGGAGAUGUUAGAUAUCGUGCAGGAAGACGUGUUGAAGCAGUUGCUGCCUUCUGUCCAGUACCUGAGAUUAGACGGAAGCGUUGAGGCGACCAAGCGUCAGAAUAUUGUCAAUCAGUUCAACACAGACCCCAGUUACGAUGUCCUCCUACUUACUACCAGCGUUGGUGGUCUGGGCCUUAACCUUACCGGCGCAGACACCGUAAUCUUCGUGGAGCACGAUUGGAAUCCUCAAAAGGACAUUCAAGCCAUGGACCGCGCUCACCGUAUUGGUCAAAAGAAGGUGGUGAACGUGUAUCGGUUGAUCACGAGAGGCACUCUAGAGGAGAAGAUUCUGAACCUUCAACGCUUCAAGAUCGACGUAGCAUCAACAGUCGUCAACCAACAAAACGCGGGCCUCAACACCAUGGACACGGAUCAACUCCUCGACCUUUUCAAUCUAGGUGAAACCGCCGAAGGCGCCGAAAAACCAGGCCAAGACACCGCCCUCGGUAACGAGGUUGACAUGGUCGACAUUGACGGCGAAGUCAAAGAGAAGGGCAAGAAAGGCUGGCUCGACGAUCUCGGUGAGCUGUGGGACGACCGGCAAUACCAGGAAGAAUACAAUCUCGAUUCAUUCCUGGCCACGAUGAAGGGGUGA